AUGUCUUCUUCAUCAAAAAUAUCCCAAUUACUAUCAGAUUGGAUCACAGCAAUAGAAAAUACAGACAUAAUUAAAGCUAAAUCAUUACUCAGUAUGGAACCUGAGCUAUUAUGGACACCCAUUCGACAUGAUCAAGAUGUUGCUCAUCUCGAACACACUCUCUCUGAACUCGGAUAUCUUGGCUCCCAAUUCCAGCCUUUAGCCGCAGUUCAAUUCAGUCUACUUUACUUUUAUAAACACAGAGAUAUUCGAUUCAUUAGUUUUCUUAUAAAGCAAUCCACUCUUUACGAUCUUGAUACAAGGUUUUGGGGUCAAUGUAACAAUACAACCCUCCAUCUUGCUUGUUUCUUGGGGCAUCAAUCCAUUGUAGAUAUCCUGCUCGAAAAGGGUGUAUCAACUCAGACGCCAAACGAUCUGGGUUACCUGCCACAAGAUGUCAAUCCACAGGUCCAAUUGAAAAAAUUAGUUCGUCCAAACUAUAGUACACCAAAUCAGUUCAAGUUGCUCAAACAAAAAGCCCUGUUGGCAGAUGAUACGUCCACCAUGAGUAGUCUUGACCGAAAGGCAUCGGAACAGCAGUACUUUAAAAAGGGACGAGUGAAGGAGACUCAGAUGAAGGUACUCUCGGAAGAAGAACAGAUCGUAGCAGACCAAAAGAAGAGACAGUUGGAAGUGGCACAAUUGGCAAAGAAAUCAGCUGUCAAAAAUAAUCCUCUUUAUCAAAAAUUAGAAAAGGUUUCGACCAUUAAAAGGAGACCAGUAAAUCAAGUUCCUUGUACGACAACAACCAGUAAUAAUAGUAGCUGUAGUUUUGACAAUGGUGCCCUAGAAAAUAAUACUCCUAAAAUUGAUACUACUACCCUCAUUACUAAAACAACAAAUGAUGAUACUAUUACUACUACUAUUGUUCAUGAUGAUACACCAAAUGAUACUCUUGACAACAUAACAAGUGAUGAUAUCCAUGACGACACAACAACUGAUAUGCAUAGCAGUACAAAUGAUAUGCAUAACUAUGGAAAGGAUAUUGAUAGCGACAUAGACGUUUUUGAUAAUUAUGUAAAUGAUAUUGACAGCGAUGUAAAUAACAGUGAUAGCAACGCAAAUGGUAUACAUGACAACACAAAUGACAUUGACAACGAUGCAAAUGAUACAAAUAGCGAUACAAAUAAUACUGAUAAUGACGCAAAUGCUAUUGGCAACAACGCAAAUGUUAUUGAUAAAAGCGCAAACAUCAUUGACAAUGAAACAAAUAACAUUGAUAACGACGCAAGUGACGUUAACAAUGAUGCAAAUAUCAUUGAUAGCGACAAAGAUGAUAAACAUAAUAGCACAAAAGAUACAGGUAUAAUAAUCAUUGAAUCCAAAGGUGAAAACACCAAAGAUUUCAACAAGGAAGACUCACUGGUAUCCACUUCUGACGAUGACGAUGAUGAUGAGGACGAAGGAGUUCAAUACAAGGCUUUGACAGCAGCAAGAAUCCUGACAGCCCCAAUCUACAAAAAGAGCGACGAGAUAAAAUCGAUCCCGCCCAUAGAUACCAAGUUUUCGACAAGUACGACCUUAACAAGCGGUUAUUUGAUAUCGGACGAAGCAAUUCCUCGAGAAACGAAGCGACGCAGUGGAAGCCAAAAAGCGGCAUGGAGCAUGAGCAUGAGUUCAUGGGCAGCCAUCUUGGACCGUGAAUUCAAUUUGAACGAACUAGAUGCAGAAAGGAAGGCAAGACAGGACAGUCUCAAGGCCGAAUCUGAGAAGGUGGAAUGUGAAAACGUCGAAUCAGAAGAGAUUGAAUCAGAAGAGGCCCCAUAUGAAAAGAUUGAACCAGAAGAGGUCGAAAAUGAAAAGGCCGAAUCAGAAGAGAUACAAUAUGAAAAACUCAAAUUUGACAACUUCAAAUUCGAAUACAAAGAGUUCAAAUUCGAUAAUCUCAAGCUCGACAACCUCAAGUUCGAAAAGUUUGAAAAGUUUGAAAAGUUUGAAAAGUUUGAAAAGUUCGAACAUGAAAAAUACGAGCCUGAAGAAGAAAAGGAAGAAGUUCCGUUACCCAAACUUGAACCAGCUAAACCGGCACGUGUCGCGACGCAGCCAAGGUCAUCCAGUAUCGUUCGUCGAAUGAGCAUUCCAUCCGCCUUUACUGGCUAUGGCAAACUCUAUUUACAUGUCAACAGUGUCCAGGAUAUCCUUCUGCCGCUUCCCAAGGACCGAACGUAUGUUCGCUGCGUUGUUAGUGAUGGUCGGUUUGAAUACAUGUCCAGGUACGAAGUGCUCAGUCAGAACAUCGAGUUUGAUUAUGAGUGUGUGAUCGAUACACAUCCAGACAUGAUCAUCACCCUCUCACUACAUGUACGACCGGACUAUGUCAUGAAGACACGCAAACCGUUCUCUCGGCUCUUUUCCUCUCGCAAAAAGAAAAAGGAAUCCCUCUCGGGUUAUGUCAACAAGGAAGAUGGUGCGAUUGGUCAGGCUCGAUUUGCUUUGGCUCAUAUGGCGCCGGCUUGUACUCGAGCUCGUUAUCAGGCUGGCUUUAGCUGUUUUAAUGCUUGGUAUGCAAGAUCAUUCAAGGAGCGUCAUCGUCAAAAGAAAAAGGAUCAAGAUGUGCUUAAAGUCGUCGGGAAUUUUGAAGUUGAUCUGUUGUUUUUAUCUCAAUCUCCUCAGCAGCCAUUUCCAAAAUCCCUAAGUGAAUAUCAGAGUCUAUCCGUAGCAUCGUUUUCAUAG